GGUUUGAUUGAUUUCAAGACAGAUUUCAAUGAAGGGAAAUGCAACCAUUGUCCCAAAGUGCUGGUGACUUUGAGGAAGACGAGUCUCAAUCUUUGCUUUCUUCUGCCCAUCCUGAAAUUGAUUUCCCAUCAAGACGUUCAAGCAAGAGGUAUUCAAGAUUUUCUUGCUACUGGAGAUCAUUCUGUUUGAGGUUGUGCUGCCCCUGUGCCAUGUGGGGCUGCUGUAGAAGAGGUGAGCUCAGUGCUCGCACUGUGCGUCUUGGAGUGCCUGACCCCUCAGUGCACUAUCCCCCCAACACUGUCAGGAACCAAAAGUACAAUGUCAUCACUUUCAUACCUAUGGUGCUGUUCGAACAGUUCAAGUUCUUCCUGAACCUCUACUUCUUGGUUAUGGCUUGUUCCCAGUUCAUCCCAGAGCUGCGCAUUGGUUAUCUCUACACUUACUGGGGCCCUCUUGGUUUUGUGUUGAUAAUUACGAUGAUCCGCGAGGCUGUGGACGACAUCAGGCGCUGGCGUCGUGACCAGGAGGUCAACGGACAGGUGUACCGCAAGCUCGUGUCGCCCACCGCCGUCCACAGGAAGCGCGUGGGCGCCAGGGGCGGCAGCAUGACGGGGGACGGCGGCACCACGGCCGUCACCAGCGCUAACAUCAAAGUCGGCGACCUCAUCUUGGAGACAGUGAAGGGAGCGGGGUGGUGGAGGAGCCCAUUGGAGUGGAGAACACCGUGUGGUCAGGCACGGUGGUGGCGUCAGGACGGCUGCUGGGCGUGGUCGUGUACACAGGGCGUGACACGCGCUCCGUCAUGAACAGCGCCGCCCCGCGGUCCAAAGUUGGCCUCCUCGACCUGCAGAUCAACGACCUCACCAAGUUGUUGUUCCUGGCGGUGUUGGUGCUCACUAUCGUCAUGAUGUGCUUGAAGGGCUUCAGUGGUCCCUGGUAUCGAUAUUUCUUCCGGUUCUUGCUGCUCUUCUCCUACAUCAUACCCAUAAGUCUACGCGUGAACCUGGACGUGGGCAAGGCCUAUUACUCGUGGAUGAUGCAGCGUGACACUGAGAUGGCAGGCACGGUGGUGCGGUCGACGACCAUCCCUGAGGAGCUGGGCCGCAUCAACUACCUGCUCACUGACAAGACGGGCACUCUCACCCAGAACGACAUGGUCUUCAGGGUGCUGCAUCUGGGCACCCAAGCCUUUGGCGUUGAUGCUUUUGAUGACGUGACCAUGCACCUGCGAGGCUACUGUGCACAGCGGCAGCGCAGCGCUGAGCAGAAGACGGCAGCAGAGGGCGGGACGGGCGCGAGUCCUACGCGCGUGCGCCGCUCGCUGUCGGUGAAGGUGGGCGAGGCGGUGCACGCACUCGCGCUCUGCCACAACGUCACGCCCGUCCACGAGAAGGAUGACGAGGGCGCCGUGCUGUCCGUCUCCUACCAGGCCGCCAGCCCCGACGAGGUGGCGCUGGUGCAGUGGACGGAGGUUGUGGGGCUGCCGCUGGUGCAUCGCGACCUGAACACCAUGUCCCUGCGCUGCCCCGUCACCAAGCAGCUGCUGCGGUACACCGUACUACAGGUCUUCCCCUUCACCUCUGACACCAAGAGGAUGGGCAUCAUAGUACAGGAAGAAGACACUGGUGAGAUAAUACUGUACAUGAAGGGCGCGGACGUUGUCAUGGCGAGCAAAGUUGAGUACAACGACUGGCUGGAGGAAGAGUGCAGCAACUUGGCACAGAAGGGACUGCGCACUCUGGUCGUCGCUCGCAAAGUCCUCAGCCGCGAACAAUAUACUUCAUUCGAGGACAGCUACAGAGCAGCACGCACGUGUCAACAGGACCGCAGCAGCCGCGUCGCCAGCGUCUUGGAGACCUUGGAGUCCAACCUAGAACUGCUGUGCCUUACGGGCGUCGAAGAUAAACUCCAGCACAACGUCAAGCACACGCUUGAAGUUCUCAGAAAUGCCGGCAUCAAGAUGUGGAUGCUGACGGGAGAUAAGGAGGAGACGGCGACGUGCAUAGCGCAGAGCAGCAGGCUGGUGCCACCAGGGCAGGCGCUGCACAGCAUGGGCGCUGUCACCAGCAGACAAGACGCCCAUCAGCAGCUCCACCUGCUCAGGAGGAAGACGCACGCCGCCCUCAUCAUCAACGGCAGCAGCCUGGAGGUCUGCCUGCAGUACUACGAGCACGAGUUUGUUGAGCUCGCCGUGCAGUGCCCCGCCGUGGUGGUGUGUCGCUGCUCUCCUACACAGGUCAGGUCCUCUGGUGCCUCUCUUAGACGUGCCUCCCUCAGACGUGCCUCCCUCAUCAUCGAGGGCAAGGUGAGUGAUGAGGGCAACGACGUAGCCAUGAUACAGGCCGCCGACAUCGAGGGCAAGGAAGGCAGACAGGCGUCACUGGCUGCGGACUUCAGCGUGCUGCAGUUCGAGCACAUCGCUCGUCUGUGUCUCGUACACGGCCGCUACUCGUACAAGCGCUCAGCGGCGCUCGGCCAGUUCGUCAUGCACCGCGGCAUGAUCAUCUCCACCAUACAGGCCAUCUUCUCUGCUAUCUUCUACUUCUCCAGUGUUGCUCUCUACCAGGGCUUCCUCAUGGUCGGGUACUCGACCAUCUACACAAACUUCCCUGUUUUCUCGCUGGUGUUGGACCGAGACGUGUCGCCCAAGAUGGCUAUGUCAUACCCCGAACUUUAUAAAGACCUAACUAAAGGGCGCUCUCUCUCCUACAAGACGUUCUUCGUCUGGGUCCUUAUCAGCGUUUAUCAAGGCGGGGUGCUGAUGUACGGCGCCAUGUUGCUGUUUGAAGACGAGCUCCUGCACAUUGUCAGCAUCUCGUUCACUGCGCUGAUCCUGACGGAGCUGCUGAUGGUGGGGCUGACAGUGCGCACGUGGCACCCGCUCAUGGUCCCCGCCCACCUCCUCUCCCUCCUCGCGUACGGCGCCUCCAUCAUCUGGAUGCAUUACUUCGACCUGGCGUUCAUCACGUCAACGGACUUCUGGUGGAAAGUGAUCGUGAUCACGCUGGUGUCGUGCCUGCCUCUAUACGUGCUCAAGUUCCUGCAACGCAAGAUCACGCCCCCCACCUACUCCAAGCUGGAGGAACUCAACACCUUCGGCUCCACCCUCACCGUGGAGAGCCGACUUGCCUCGGCGCCCCGCAGCUACGACGCCACCAGCACAACCACGAGCCGCCCAUAGCAGUGCGAGACCACGCGGGCCACGCCUCUCUAACCUCACCUCUCUCUAGCCUUCAUUUAUCAUUAACAUGAUUGACACUUUUCAUGGCAUUAUCACAACAGCUUCGUUAUUUGUGGCGUGCGAUGUUCGAAGGACUCGAUAUUAUUUUUUUUAGAGCAAACUUAUCAUUACACGCCCCUCUAACCACACCUCUUUCUAGUGUUCAUUUAUCAUUAACAUCAUUGCCACUUUUCAUGGCAUUACCCCAAUAGCUUCGUUAUUUGUGGCGUGCGAUGUUCGAAGGACUCGAUAUUAUUUUUUUUAGAGCAAACUUAUCAUUACACGCCCCUCUAACCUCAUCUCUCUCUAGCGUUCAUUUAUCAUUAACAUCGUUGCAACUUUUCAUGUCAUAACCACAACAGCUUCGUUAUUCGUGGCGUGCGUUAUUUGAAGGUAUUUUUUUUCACGGCGAACUUAUCACUGUCCAUUCGAAGAUGUUCAUUUUAUUUAGGUUCUCUUUUGCUUCAAGUCGUUUCUUCAUGCCUUAUUCUUGCCGAUUUUGAGCUUUGGCAUAAUUAAUCACAAUAAAAUCAUGUUUGCAAAUCUACCUUGGUUACAUAGAUUUUUCUGUAAGCUAUUCUCUCGGUGAAACUUGUUGAUAUUUAAACCAUGGUUCAUUAUUAAAGACUAUGGCUAUGUCAACUUUUAUCUCACCGAGCCAACUACUUUGUAGUUAAUGUUUGUUAACCCGCAUAAUCUUCAUUAUGUGAAGCACAUUCUCGUCUCUUUAUUCAUUAUCUUCUCUCGUUCUUCAAGCGAAGUUGAUCUGCGUGGCCCGCAAUAUUCUUGUCUAGAACCGCUGUCUGAAUCUCAGUAUUUCGCUGCCUAGAAUUUAGAACUAAACUGCCUGCCCGCGCUAAUUUGUACAUAACAUAUCAUGAUGUGCUAGGCUCGUGUAUCGAAUAUGGUAAUGAUGAACAUAAUUUUAAAAAAGCGCGAGUCUUAAUGAGAGCAGCGUCUUAAUGAGAGCAAGCGUCUUAAUGAGAGCAAGCGUCUUAAUGAGAGCAAGCGUCUUAAUGAGAGCAAGCGUCUUAAUGAGAGCGCGAGUCUUGAGAGCACGAGUUUUAAUGAGAGCACGAGUUUUAAUGAGAGCACGAGUCUUAAUGAGAGGUAACGAAAAUCCUGCAGGCUCUAGUGAGUAUUAAUUAGUCAUCCUUACAAUAACCUGCUCAUAUCUUUAUUGUUUUGUGUACUUUUUUGCUGGAGAGAAUUCGUCUCUCAUGCUGUGCCUCAUCUUUUUUUUAUUGACUACGUAAUUCAAGUUAUGUUCAUAUUUAACCAUCUGAUUUCUUUUCGGUUACUCUGACCAAUAAUAAAAAAGUCGGUCAUAAAAAAUAAAUUUUAUUUACUUGAGCUUGUAAAGCUCGUAAAUUUCUUCACGUUGGAGAAUUUUCAAUAGAGAUAUAAAUCAGUUCAUGAAAAUGACAGUAUCACGGAUAAAUCAAUCCAAGAAACUGGUCCUUUCAUGUAUUAGUGUUCGUUGAACUGACUUUUCUGCGUCAUGAAAUUUAAACCAGUAUUGUAAUGUUAGUAACGCAACUUGCCUCAUUCGUAUCGUUGAAGAUUCAUCCUUCUUGUGCAAUUGCCAUGUUUUGGUCGGAUGAUAAAACGAGUAUUUACUUUGUAGCAGCGGUUGGAGGCCCUGUAGCAUGUUUACUGCUGUUGCAGUCCAUUAACUGUGCUGUAUCUAUGGUAGUUACUUUACUGUUGAUGCGUAACAGCCUAUAAAGAAAAACGAUGACCAUAAUAUAUCAAUACAUCGAUACUAAAGGAAAUUGUCAACUGUGCACAUUAAUUUGCGAUGGUUAAAGUCUGCUGCUGAGUUUCAGACAAUAAUUCUUCGCAAAAAUGGUUUACCUGUAUCGGUGACUAAAAUUGUAUUUGGUACGUGUGCCGUGAAGUGAAGCGAUCGUCAGAUAUUUCUUUAUGUACGUUUAAAAAUCGUAGCGUGUUGUGAAUUUUCGAUGCUAGGAAAACUUAGAAGCUUAUUAGGAGAUUCUUCUCUGUCUGUCGCUCGUAAGUGAUGAUCUUUACAUUCCUGUUGCUGUCGAUCUUUCAGUGUGUUGGUGCCUUCGACAUUCCUAGAUCUCUUGGCCCUUUGUUUCAACGCGACCUUUCAAGUUAUGCUGCUUAUUUAGCAACAAAUUUUGUUUAAAAAAUGUUAGAAAAUUUAAAGGUUUGUGCUAGUGAUAACAAGCUCAUUUAUUUUUAGUUUUUACAGCUCCAAAUUACGUUACUUAUUUAACAACGAAUUUUGCCCUAAAAAUGUUAGAAAAAUUGAAAGGUUUGUGCUAGUGAUUACAAGCUCAUCUAUUUUUAUUUGGUUAAAGUUUUAUUGCAUACAAAGCUGCAGUGUUUACAAGACUUUUCUGUUAAUGAGAUCAUACCUCGCAGUCUGGCAUUCAGGUCAUCUUUUAUCAGCGGAUAAAUUAACUCUCGUCAAAUCUAUUCAUAUUACAAAGCCUAGGUAACGAUAAUUACCGUUAGUUUACAAGGGUUUUAGCACCGCAGCUUCCUGCGGGUUGCCUGAUGCUUGCAUGAAACAUGUGCCUGCUGGCACACCUCGGUGCCGCAGUCCUUUCUUCAGACGGCUAAAUUAGAUUAACUUCAUCAAAUAACAGAUCGUUUUUACUCUGAUUACAAUCAGCGUUGAAUUUCUUCGAAUUCCAAGUACUGUACCAUUUAUCAUUGCUUCAGCCUAAGCGUUCACAUUCACCUACCUACACGCAAACCGCUUUGUUAAAUUAUCUUCAUCGUUUUUUUUUUUUUUGUAUGAGCAAAUCAUUCAUUAUGCAUUUUAGUAGUAAUUAGCGCUGGUAGGUCGAGUUUUAACUUGUAAUUUUCUUGUAGAAUUCUAACUAGUAAUAUUCCUUUUUUCAAUUCAGGGUUGACGAUGACAAAGGCUUGCGGUGAUGCUGGAAAAAGCUCUUUCCAUUUUUUUAUCGCAAUUUUUAGAAGCGUCUUUUUACUUGUCCAUCUUUUGAGCUCUCUCCUCUAAAUUGAUCAAUUAUAAUAAUUUACCAAAUGAUAUACAAAUUUGAGAUGCUUCCGAGUUAGAAUAUUGUAUUAAAGUUUAGGAAGGGGUAAGGACGAUAGUUGUGCAGGUUAGCGUAAAUAAAAAAACAUUACACGCAUAUUCCGGUGACUGAAGCCCUGCAUGUAACACGCAUAUUGCAGUGACUCUAACUCGGUUUAGUUACUUACAUACUUCUUACCAAGUACUUACAUACUUUAGUUACCAAGUACUUACAUACUUCUCUGUCUAACUCGGCUUACUCAAGCUUGCUUUUGAUACAGAUUGUCCCGUAGGGCGUUACCAUGGAUAAAGCGAGGUCUCAUGUUCAGGCUUGAGCUUCACCCACGGUGUACCCACACUUAACACAAAUCUCUUGCCGUGCACCGCCGCCUUCAGACCGUCGAUCAGAUGGACGACCAUUGGCCUAAUUUUAUUAUUCCAAUCCACAUUUUUGCUGAUUUUCAGACAAUAAUUCACCGCAAAAUGAUGUGAAUCUGUAUUCCUUUAAAACUGUUAGUGUUACGACUAGGGCAACUGCGCGAAUACUUCGUAUAUAUAGCAUAUUUCUUUCUAGUCACCCGUUCCGUGAAUGAGAUCACUUGAUACGGUCAUAAUUUAUCCUAUAACCUAUCGAAAAGCUUAUUCUUAUGCAUCAUGUUGCUUGUUUUCAAUAAAUGUUUUUCUACAUGAGUUAAGGAAAUGUACACAAUAAUGAAGCUCUGCUAGUAGUUUCACGUAAUCUGCUAUAUUUGCUUGCUUGCCCACGAAGCGGACUCUGAAUUUUCGUUUUUUGCCUCCGCAUUGUAAAUUAAAUAUUAUAUCUUCUAAUUUAUUUAGUUAACUACAGGAUGGUUCCAUGAUAUGCCACCGAAGAAUGCUGCAAGUUAGAGCUUUACAUUAAACCGUGUAAUCGCUUUGAGUAUGCCUUUGUUUUAUGAAACCGUAUUUAUUGCUUCAUCAUGUUUUAACUUAGCUAACUUGUGCACUAUAUCUACUGUGUGUUUAUUUUUUAUUUACGAAAUAGUAGGUCAGAUUACUUUGAUGUAUACAUCACUUAUUGAUUAUACGCUCUUGUGGAAGCGUGCAAAGAACUAAUAUGUGUAAUGAAGUCUAGCCAGGAUCUCGUGAUUUUUUCAAAUAUACUUUUGCCUGUGAGCAUUUUUUGUUUGUCAUGUUUGUUUCAUCAUGCUAAUUUAUUACAGUAACUUUCGUUGUCGAUUGUUUGUUGCUGUUCCCGUAUCUUUUCUCCAGCAGCGUAUAACAUCACAAUGUUCUUGCGACGAAACUUGAGAAGAAGUUUGA